CGUCAAUAUAGCCGCCCUGUGUCAGGACGAUCGACGGCGCUAUCACAUUCCCUUUCCAUAGCUUAAAUUCUUGCUGUUAAUGUCUGCAACCUGCUCGAUAUGCUUGGAGGCCCUGAAGAACCCUGUCGCUGCGCCGUGUGGCCAUGUGCACUGCAGUAAAUGCUUGAAUGGGCAUAUAAAUGCAGGAGCAGAUGCGUGCCAGUCGACUUGCCCGACAUGCCGGACCCCAUUCAGUAUCGCCAUACCCGACUUGAACUUCGUUCCCAAGAAAUACCACCCCUUUAUCAUACCCAGCAUCCGUAAGGUGUAUCUUGAGGUCGAUCCGAACGCCCCAAACACCGCCGCUCUGGAAGCCAAAGUGAAGCAGCUGGAACAACGCAUCCGGGGACUCGAGACCGACAAGAGGCUCCUUAUGGAGAGGGCGGAGAGUAACAUCGCAAAAGCCAAUAUCCUCGCCGAGAAGGAGAGAGAUGCUCGGGAAAGAGCCACAAAAGCCGAAAACGACAGGGACAUAUGGAAGCAAAACCACGAUGCGCUGUUGAAGAAGUACAAUGCUCUGAAACCCAACAGUAAUGGCAGAAAGUCGCCCAGCACGGGAACGCCUACCCAUGUGGAGCUGUCCGUAGCCACCGGGGCGUCCAUCUCUGCCGCGAUCGCUAAGUCCACCAAAAUCGCCCACCAUCGCCCGUUAUCGUUGCAAAUGUGUCCGGGCUCCUCGCCAGCGUUACCGGUUGGUCAGACCAGAGUCAUCCGCUCUCUUCCGAAACGCACCCGGCGCGACGUCCAUUCCAUCGCCGACGAGCUGGGACGCGAGGUCGAGAUCCCGAAACGCCCUCGUCUGACAACACGCCGAUCUGAAGCAGCCCUGUCAGCAGAAGCUGUCACCAACCCGACCAGAGACGAUGGCUCCUCGCAGGGCAGCCUUCCAACGCGUGUCAGCCAUCGAGUCCGACGUACUCCCUUCCCCACACCCCAAUCAGUCGAAGCCUACUAAUUGUUCAUAAUCCGUAACCACUGCAAGCAUUCUCAAAACCCAUUUCCCCUCAUUAGCACGUAAACAAGAAAUAACACCAUCAUAUGCUUAUUCCUAUUACCUCCCUCACAUUCGCUCCUCUAAUCAUCCAUCACCAUCGCAUUCUCACCUGGUACAUCGCAUUUCAUAUUCUACACACACUCAGUACAUUAGGCGUGAGAUUGCUCCUGUAGACUGACUGGCAACUGUACCGAAGAUACCAUUGCUCUGUAAUCAC